GCCUACGUGGGCACCAGCCCCCGCGCCCGCCCGCCAGCCCGCCCAGCGGUCGGGUCCCGGCGCCCGCGCAGAAUCAGCUGUCUGAGCUGCCCAGGCGGCGGGGGAGCAGCGAGCGGGCUUCAGCGAGCCGCAGGAGGCACAGGCCUGUCCUGGGUCCCCGCAGGUCUGCGCGUCUGUUGUUCCCAGCGCUCUGAGAGGCCUGAAAAGGAGGAGCAACCUGUCCAGAAUCCCCGCAGGAAAGGAAAAGGAGGGGAAAUCUCGACAUGGAAAAACUCUUCAAUGAAAAUGAAGGAAUGCCUUCGAAUCAAGGAAAGAUAGACAAUGAAGAACAGCCACCGGACGAGGGAAAGCCAGAAGUAGCUUGUAUUCUGGAAGACAAGCAGUUAGAAAACGAGGGAAAUACAGAAAACAAGGGCAAGAGAGAUGAGGAACCGUUAAAGGAUAAAGAAAAGCCAGAGAGUGCGGGAAAGGCAAAAGGAGAAGGAAAGUCAGAGAGGAAGGGAAAGUCAGAGAUGGAGGGAGGAUCAAAGAGAGAGGGAAAGCCAGAGAGAGGGGGAAGGGCAGAGGGUGAAGGAGAGCCAGACAGUGAAAGAGAGCCAGAGAGUGAGGGAGAGCCAGAAAGUGAAACAAGGGCUGCAGGAAAGCGCCCAGCUGAGGAUGAUAUACCCAGGAAAGCCAAAAGAAAAACCAACAAGGGGCUGGCUCAGUACCUCAAGCAAUAUAAGGAAGCCAUACACGAUAUGAAUUUCAGCAAUGAGGACAUGAUAAGAGAAUUUGACAACAUGGCUAGGGUGGAGGAUAAAAGGAGAAAAAGCAAACAGAAAUUGGGGGCGUUUUUGUGGAUGCAAAGAAAUUUACAGGACCCCUUCUAUCCUAGGGGUCCAAGGGAAUUCAGGGGUGGCUGCAGGGCCCCACGAAGGGACACUGAAGACAUUCCUUAUGUGUAGUGUCCCUGGCAGGCAUUUGUCAGGCCAUAUGUUUUAACCUUAUGGUAAUACUUUGCUUUAGUCGUUCCUCCUGCUACCAGGAGCGUUUUGACACACCUGCCAGUGUUUGCUUGCUCUAUGUUUCAGUAGCAGAUUUUCACACAUGUGCAUUGCAGAGACGUCAUGAUUCGUGGAAAAAUAAAGCAGCUUAUAAUAUCA